AUGACGAUGCAGGAGUUGCUUGCCCAAUACAUGGACCAAGAGAGUGAGGAGUCUGGAGACGAGACCCUCGUUGUGGAGAAUGGCGAAGCCUGGAAGGCAGCACAAGAGGGCAAGCAGAAACUAAAAAUGGAAGACGACGACCCAACCCCGGGAGAGGGGAGUACCCCGACAUCACCAACACAGCAGCAGCCGAGACUGAAAGAAUGGGAGCAACUGGUUGAGAGGGUCGAAGCGGAUCGCGUUGGAACCGACGAGCCGACCAAGGGGUUCCCUUACCAAGCCCUACAGGUGUCUGAGGAUCAGGCGAAGGAUCUGGGGGACGCGUGCGCCCAGUUUCUGAAAGACUUCCCAAAUGCAUUAAAGGCUGUACAGACGCCGGGGGUCCCCAAGAGAUGGGCGUAUGCCUUCGCCCUGCACCGAGCGAUCGUCAUAAAGAUGGGGCCGCGUGAAGCACCCAGUUUGCCUGCCAUGUACAGAGCGUACAUGGUGAACCGGAAACACCCCGAUGCAGAUGAGGACGGUGGUGAGGGGCCUUCCGCAGAUGGGCCGGCAACCGGAGAUAACUUUAUGGACGGAUUGAUGGCCAAAGACUUCCGGUUUCCCGGCGAAGAGAAAGGGCCUUACCGUCGAGCCUUUGGAGAGGAGACAGAGGUCAUGGCAGAGGCCCUGUACAACCUUCACAAGAACCUUCACGCCCGCGGCAGAGACUUUCGGGCGAUGGAUGCCGUCUUGGUGACCAAGUCGGCCCACGUCCUGAUCGCAAGCAAACCAUCCGAGUGGGAGACUCUAUUCGAUCAGUAUCUCGACACCACGACGACCCGGCCGCAGACCAAACCUGAUGUUAGUGGCGAGACCCACGCCCGGGGAUCUUUACCCAAGCCUAAGACCACCAUUUUCUUAGCGAUGGACCUCACCCAUACUGAGGCAGAUUGCAUCGCCGAGGCAUUCGGAAAGUUCGUGACGCGGUUCCCGAGAGGAUGUGAGACUCUCUCAACGUCUGGACACCAGAGUUGGUGCAUGUUCUUUGCGUUGCACCGAGCCCUAGUUAAGGAGUUUGACGACAAGGCCCCGACCCUCUACCAAUUGUUCGCGGAGUACGCGCUCCUGGGAUAG